AUGAACUCUAACGCAAAUAUCCUUCCACCAGCAAAUGGUAAAAAGUUAUGGAGAGUGAAAAGAACACCUUCUAUGUCGAGUACUUCUUCAAAGAGCUCUACAUCUUCUUCCAUCUCCUCAUCUAACAACUCAAACACUACACAAAGCGAGACUUCCCUCGAAUGCCUCAACAACUCCUUGAGAAUUGCUGCUGCUGCUCAAGGCGGCCUUACAAUUAGAAGACCACCUUUGAGAAGACCAAAGAACAAGCCAGGCAAACCAAAGAGCUUUGUGUUUGUUGACUUGUCACCUAUCAAAUCCGACGAAGAGGCUGAAGUUGUUGAAUCGACAAAGAAAGUGGAAGCCAAGAAGGAGGAACAAGAGCAAGUUAGCUUUAGUGGUGCACACCAAUUGCCUUCGCCUACUUCUUCAUUGGAGGACUCAUUAUCCAUUGACGAUUCACUCUUUGACUUGCCAACAUUGAACUACGAGAUGGAGUCAAACACCAGUGUGUCAACUAGCCCCGACAUGGAAUUGGGAUUGGGAAUCAUGAAUUUGGGAAUUGACUGGAACCAACCACAAUCAUUCCAACAACAAGAGCAACAACAAGAGCAACAAGCACCAGUUCCAGCACCAGUUUCGGCACCCGCACCAUUGCCACAACAACAGGAUUACUUAUCUCAACAAUUGUAUGGCUACCAACAAGCUAUGAUGCAACAACACUUGCAAAUCCAGCAAUUGCAACAACAAUUACUUCAACAACAACAGCAGAUGCAAGUGCCUAUUCUCCACUCAACACCACAAUUGCAAUCGCUUCCUCAACUUCCAUCUACAAAUGACCUUCAAUCACCAUUCCAAUCACCAAUCAAGAAGAAAAAGAGAGCCACCUCAUUAUCCUCAUCAUCAUCAUCAUCCAUCCAGUUCAAAACAUACAAGCCAAAACACACAAGAACAGUUUCUGAAGCAUGCAUCAAAAAACCAACAUCUUUACACAAGAAACAAGGACCUCCACCACACUCAAGAUCAAAGAGCUUGCCUUAUGCUACACCAGUAACCACAGCACAAGCAUAUGUGCCAGAGUUUAAGCCUAUGGAAAUGCAACAAACCGAAUCCUCAGUUUCUGAUGUGAUGAAUGAUUUCAUGAUGUUGAAUGAAAUGUCCAUGUCACUCACAAACUCUGUCAACUCUACAAAUACCUACGCAGAAGCUCAAUUAACUCCAGCAUCAUCGUAUUGCGAGGAGGUUGAAGAGUUUACCAAACCAUCCUUUCCAAGCGUAGAGUUAUCAUGUGGAUUUGAAGAGUUUUUGGCUCCAAUAGUCCCAGCUUCAGCAAUGCCAAUGCCAAUGCCAAUGCAAAACCAGAACCAAUCUCAAAACCAAACAGUGUUGCCACAGCAACUGAAAAUGGGCUUGGGACUCACUGGAUUUGCCGGAUUUAAUGAGUUUGAGUUAGGUACAUUUGUUCAAAUUUAA